AUGCUCCCAUUAUUGACUAUUUUUUCUCUUGCAUUGACUCUUGUCAAUGGUUUGGUUCUCCCACAGGAGAGCGCUGAUCUCUCUAAGAGAGACUCUGCUCCAUUGAAGCUUGACUUCGACAUUGUGAAAGACACCAGCAAGAACUCUACUUUGUAUCACCCAGAGAGAUACUUCAGCAGCAUUCGUGCAUUGAAGGAGCAGAGAUCCAAGAGAGCCACCUCUGCUACCAUCACUAACGAGAGAGAUAUCUCUUACAUUCUUGAUGUGUACUUGGGAUCUCAACACGAGAAGGUGACUGUUCUUCUUGACACUGGCUCCUCCGAUCUCUGGGUCUAUGGCCCUAGUGUGAGCGAUGCUCAGGGUGGAACGUUCGAUCCUAGCCAGUCCUCUGACGAUUCCAAGACCAAAGAAGCCUUCUCGAUCAACUACUUGGACGGUUCUGGAGCUGAGGGUAGUUACUACAAGGACGACUUCUCGUUCCUGCUGGGACUGACUCUUGUUAAGAACUUCCAGUUUGCUGUUGCUGAUCUGGCUGAUGCCGAUAGUACUGGUAUUUUGGGCGUGGCAGACAAGAACCAGGAGGCCGGAGAACUGCAGUACGACAACUUGCCAUGGGCUUUACAGAAGUCUGGCGUUACCCCAAAAGCCUCUUACUCUUUGUUCUUGGGCUCUGAGCAGAGUGGUAAGGGCUCCAUUAUCUUUGGAGGUAUCGACACCGAGAAGUUUGAGGGUGACUUGCAGAAGUACUCUGUUUCUAGUGGAUACGGCUUAGGCUUGUCUCCAAAGUCUGCUUCUGUUGAGGGCCAGACCGUUUCUUUAGGAGAAGACUUCAUCUUGGAUUCAGGUACUUCUUGGAACUUGUGGCCUCCAGCCCUUACUGAGGCCGUGGCAAGUGCUCUUGGUACUUCUGGUCAACAGCAAGGUCUUUAUAUCGUCAGCUGUGAUCAGCCUUCUGACAAGCACAUUUCGUUUGACUUUGGCCAGAACACCAUCUCUAUUCCAUACAGUGACCUUGUGGUGAACGUUGGAGGCGAGGGCCAGCUGAUCUGUGCUUUGGGUGCUCAACCAACUGCUGAUGAUCCAUACAUCUUUGGUGAUGUCUUCUUGAGAAGCGCAUAUGUGUACUAUGACCUUACUGACCAGACCAUUUCCAUCGCUCAGGCCAAGUACACUUCUGCUUCAAACAUCGUUGCAGCCUAG